AUGGCUUCAUUAGAGCUCCAUGGAGAUGGACACAAGGAGAGAGGAGCUGAGAGGGAGACAGACAGCUGUAAAGAUGCUCAAAGUGCUCCAGGGUUGGUGACCCAACGUGGUUCAACUAAGAAGAGAGCCCGCCGCCGCGGUCCAACAAGGGGAAACACUGACUAACAGAACAUUGUUCAUUUGUAUUCCAAAUAAUAGAAUAUAACUUUUUCUAAUAAAUAAAACUUGUUUUUGCAUCAUAUUUUCUGUUCUUAUUUUUUAUAGGAGUAGUUUGAAGAGGUUUGAAAAUGACCACAAAAUGAGCUCAAAAUGUAAAAAGUAUAGUAGCCAUUUAGAACCUGUUGAAAAAUUGCCACAGAAAGAAAUAACAUAACUAAGUUGAUUUAUAAAAUUCAAUAGGGUCUUAUUAAAUUUACAUAUUAUAUUUUAUAUUUUAUUUAAAAAACAAAUGGGGGGGGGUACAUUUACAUUUGAGUCAUUUAACAGACACUCUUGCAUGCUUACAACAACGAACAAUGCAUUAUAUCUGAAUGCUUUCAGUAAAGUUUUACCAUCAUAUACAGCUGAAGCUGAAAUGAAAGCCUUUUAAGAUUCACUGAGGUUGCCCAUCACCCUUUUUUUGCUGGGUUUUAGGGUUAUAGCCUCAUAGUUGCCUCGCAUUUUGAAUGGGUGACCCAUGUUUAGGGGUUAUUAUACAUACUGUAAUAGGGUCUUGGUUACUUUACCGUCUAAUUUCCCCAAGCCCCUUUUCUCAUCUUCAGAACAGGUCUCUCUUGUAAAAUAUUGAAUAAUCUGUUUAAACCUCAAAUUAAAAUCUGGACCACGAAGUGUUGAAUAACCUGUAUAAACCUCCAAUUAAAAUCUGGACCACGAAGUGUUGAAUAACCUGUAUAAACCUCCAAUUAAAAUCUGGACCACGAAGUGUUGAAUAACCUGUAUAAACCUCCAAUUAAAAUCUGGACCACAAAGUGUUGAAUAACCUGUAUAAACCUCCAAUUAAAAUCUGGACCACGAAGUGUUGAAUAACCUGUAUAAACCUCCAAUUAAAAUCUGGACCACGAAGCCAGUUCCACUACUUUUUUUCAUUCUUCCCCUCUAAUCAGGGACUGAUUUGGACCAGGUGGGUUCUAUCAGAGAAAAACCAUCAGCACUCCUGACCUGUAGAGUAAGAUUUAAAUACCCUGCUGCAUAAAAUUAAAUAAAAGGAACAUAACACACCUGUUGAUGGUCCUGUCAAGGCUACUGUUCAUAUAAUAUAUAGUUCUGCUAAGUGGGAAGCCUGUGCAAAUUCAUAUAGCUACUUUAAAGAAAUUGUUCCAAGCAAAGAGACGUGCUUUAAGUGUAUUAGAAACAGAGGCAGACUAAAGGAUAUAGCUUUCCCGUGGGUGAUUCUGUAAUUUUAUUUUGUAUGUGUGGUAGAGUAUUAUUGACAUGGCGAGGGGCAUUGGCUGACCAGAGCUUGGGAGUGUUGGGAUAGAGAAGAAGGGGAAGCUGUGCUGCAUGAGGCUCUGUCUCAGUGAGAAAAUCUUAACGCCAAAGCAGAGAUCCUUUGAGAUGUCUCCAAAAGCAGAACAUUUAAACCUUCCUUCCCUCCACGGGACACUUAGGGUUCACGCACGCCCCCCCCCCCUCCCCAUCCCCCCUUUUAUUUUUGUAAUUCUCUCUCUCUCUCUCUCUCUCUCUCACAAGAGCUCUCCCAAGUCCCCACCACAACACAGGGACCGGCGAAGGACAAGGGCUGGAGUCUUUUUAACUGCCUUCCUCUCCUCACUUCCCUCCUCUCCUCUGUUCCCAUAUUCUCUCCUCUCUAAGCUCCGUUUCCCUCUCCUGACCCCAGACCCCUCCGAAACCACCACAGGCCAGUCCCGCUCCCGCCUUCCGCUUGGCAGAGUAUUAAGGCAGCUGUCAGUCAAUGUUACGGUUCCGCCCUCCUCGCUGUCUCUCUGAGUGGCGAUACUAUGAUUGCGAGCUGAAACUAGUUGUAGUAAUUUUAGCUAUAUUCUGUCCUGUUGGCUCUACUGGCAUCCAUUGCUCCUGAGUGAAGUUUACCCUAGGUACAGAUCUAGGAUCAGCUUCCCCUCCCCCAAUCCUAACCUUAACCAUUAGUGGGGAAAAUGCUAAACUGACCCAAGAUUGGCAGCUAGGGGCAACUUCACCCUACUCCGCAACCAGUAGGCUGGGUCUUAUCCACAUUCACUACCACAGGACAACAGGAUUAUUUCAAUCACUCUAUUCAGUAUAUAGCUACACUCACCUGCUCUGGCUCUGAGACUUUUACCUCCAUUUAACAACACUGCACAGAGACAACUUUUUCCUGUCAUCAAUAACAUGUCUUUGAACCUUCUCCCAACACAAUGUGACCCACCUGAGUCGACUUUGUUGGGGUGCUCCACUGUUCUUAAUGAAAGCAGCCUGUCGUCGGCCAUGCUGGCUAUUCUUCUGUCCUGCCUUGGCCAUUUACUUUCCCUUCCUCAGAUACAUGGCUUCUGGAAUACGUAGCUUGUUCUGAUAUGUAGCUUGUUCUGCUGAGUCAGUCAGAAAGUGUGCAAUUAGAGACCAUCAAUAUCUAAUUAAAAUUAUAUUUUAUCCAAAAUGUCCCAAUCAAUUUACAGUAUUCAACAAAAGUGCACAGAUUGCUUACAAAACAUUUAGGUAAAAAGUAAGUCAGUAUUUUCUUUAGGAAACAGGGCAGUUUGAUUACACUCAUCCGAUUACACUUCAAAAUUCAAGAGAAUCCAAUCUUAUGCAAAUGCAGGGUCACAGGGACCCAUGAGAAACCAUUGAGAAUGAAAAUCUCAAUGCUCCUUGUUCAUUCAGUCAUUCACAGAACUCCAUGAGGUGCUGCAGAGAGUAUUGUCUUACUGUUUACUGUGGUGGGCCCAUAUGCCCCACAACACGUAGCCGUGUGUGUGUGUCAGACAUUACAGUAUAGAGGCAUGUUUAAACUAGCUCUGUGUAUGACAGAAAACCCUCAGUACUGUCUACCUCUCUCCAGUCAUCUUUCAUAGAGCACCACAAACUUAUAAAAAGCAACUUCCAGACUUAAAGAAUUUCUCAAAGAAUGACAAAACCCUCUGGAAUUUGAUGACAUAAUUUGUGUGGUGUGAAAUAGGAAAAUACUAGCAGAUGGAGCUUACGCCUUUUAACUUGUGUUAAGCAAAUUCUACAGUUUCUAGUUCAAAUGAAAAACACAGUACACAGACAGAGAGAUUAUUAUCAGUGCUGAGGGAGCAGAUGGCCAACAGUAAUUUCACUAACAAAGUAUUAAAACAUUUUCAUUCACACUUUAAAAAAAAAAGGCCAACCCUUCUUUUUUUCUGACUCCCUCGCUCUCAUCUUGUUAGCCCAUAAAGAUCACAUGAGACGUACUCUACAAGCCUAUUCUUCUUACCUCCAAAUAGAGUGUGGAAGAUAGUGAUGAUGGAGAUAUUUCCAAUAUUUUCCAUCCCCUUUUUCCAUCCGAUUCUGCAUUGAAGAGCAACAGCAACAACAUAUUCCACAUUGCUAAAGACCUCUCCCAUCCCAUCCAAUUCCCAUUCAACUGUCUGUCCAUUCCAUACGUAGAUAUCCAAAGGUUGGCUUACCAUUCCCCUAGCCUAGCUGUUUCCCUAGCCACCUACAGUGAGCAUUGAAUAAACCAAACUGCCGGUCAACUGAAACAUACCUUGUCUUUUCAAUGGAAAGAGCGGUGAUAAAAUAUCUACAUGGGAACACACAGAGCCACACAGAGCCACACAGAGCCACACAGAGCCACUAACAAAGGCAGUGAUUCAAUCUCUCAUCUUAUCUCCUCUACUCAUUCUCUCUAGCCUUCAACAUCAUCAAGAGGCCUGUUCAUAUUUUCAUCUGA